AAGAGUAAAAAAAUAAAGUGUGCAGCUCUCAAUAAAAGUGGAAAGUUCAGAAUACCUUCAAGUGAUAUGAGUACUGAUGGUGAAUCUGAUAACGGUAUUGUAAUGAAGCCUGUUAAAGCAAAGUAUGAGUUAGCAAUGCAUUCUGUGAAAGUCCGUCGAAGUGGAACUCUUUCUGAUGUCAGUGCUCUUUGGGAUCUUCAGCAAGGUACUGCAGUGAUGUCAGCAUCAAGUAUGUCAUGCCAUUAUAAACAAAUGGAAGGCGACAAAAAUCGAUUUCAGAGAACUACAUCUGUAGACUCAUUCAAUUUGCGGUCACAUCCAAAUGAAAUGCUAACUGGUCUUAGGUAUUUUGAAAGAGCAAUCAAAGGAGAAAACAAUGAACAUGCCAAAACUGCAUUCAGCUGGGGAGCUGUCGAGAAAGGAGCCUUAGCUAGAUGUCUAUUACAAUAUGUCGUGAGGCCAAGGAUGUGCUGGCAUCUGAAUCGAGGCUUCUUAGGCUGAGUGCUCCUACAUACAUACUUGGUGAGUUUCA